ACUCGCUCGCCGCUCCUCCGCCCGUGCCGGGCGCUUGGCAACCGGGGCGCCGCGCAUGUGGGACCGCCGGGGGCCGCCGCCCCCUCGCCGGGCCCCGCGUCCCCCUCCCCGCCCCGGACAAGGCGUUUAACGUGCCCAGGCGUGAAGUAUGGCAUGCAAAGAUGGUUUCUGCCAAGGAGCCAGCCAUCGCCAUGUCCUCGGGUCUCUCCAUCGCCCUCCUGCACUGCCUGUGCCUGGCGACCUGUCUCACUGGGCCGCCGGGGCAGAUCAAAAAAGAGGAGAAAUUGUGGCCGGAGAAUUUUACCAGCAUCCUGAACAGCCUCCUGGAUGGCUAUGACAACCGGCUGCGACCGGGAUUUGGGGGUCCUGUUACUGAAGUCAAAACAGAUAUAUAUGUCACCAGUUUUGGACCUGUUUCUGAUGUAGAAAUGGAAUAUACAAUGGAUGUCUUCUUUCGUCAGACAUGGGUAGAUAAAAGAUUAAAAUAUGAUGGCCCUAUUGAAAUUUUAAGACUUAACAACUUGAUGGUUUCGAAGGUAUGGACUCCUGAUACUUUCUUCAGGAAUGGGAAAAAGUCUGUUGCACAUAAUAUGACAGCCCCAAAUAAACUCUUCAGAAUAAUGAGAAAUGGCACCAUCCUGUACACAAUGAGGCUUACAAUAAGUGCAGAGUGUCCCAUGAGAUUAGUGGAUUUUCCCAUGGAUGGUCAUGCUUGUCCUCUCAAAUUUGGGAGUUAUGCUUAUCCAAAGAGUGAAAUGAUUUAUACCUGGACAAAAGGACCUGAGAAGUCAGUGGAAGUUCCUGAGGAGUCUUCCAGUUUAGUUCAGUAUGACCUGCUUGGGCAUACAGUAUCCUCUGAAACUAUAAAAUCUAUUACAGGUGAAUAUAUUGUUAUGACAGUUUAUUUCCAUCUCAGACGGAAAAUGGGUUAUUUUAUGAUUCAGACCUACAUCCCAUGCAUUAUGACCGUGAUCCUCUCUCAAGUUUCAUUUUGGAUAAAUAAGGAAUCAGUUCCUGCUAGAACUGUAUUUGGGAUUACCACAGUGUUAACAAUGACGACACUGAGCAUCAGUGCAAGACAUUCACUGCCAAAAGUAUCCUAUGCUACUGCCAUGGACUGGUUCAUAGCGGUUUGCUUUGCCUUUGUGUUCUCUGCUCUGAUUGAGUUUGCUGCUGUCAACUAUUUUACUAACAUUCAAAUGGAAAAAGCCAAAAGGAAGACAGUCAAGUCCCUUCUUGAAUUUCCAGUUGCUCCAGUACAAAGGAAAAGAAGUACAGAAGAGACAUUCACGAGUACAGAUGCCAACUCAAAUGUGAGGAAAAGAAUGAAUGCCACAGUACAGUCUGAAGCUGAUGGUGGGAGCCGAAUUGACACAAGGCACAGUUCUGUCCAGCCUCCCUCUGUAGCUCAGGGGUCUUCUGACAUUACACCCCACUCCCUUUCUGCAUCAAGUCCCAACCCUUUCACACGAAUCAACGCAUCGGAGACAUUAUCUUCUGCAAGAGCUACCCCUCCAGCUCCUCCUUCUACCCCAAUUUUAACUGGAUUUGUAUCCCAGCAUGCCACAGCUGGAUCCCCUUCCAUUCAGCACUUGCUUGGGUCUAGACUGGAGCAGAUUCAGACCACCACACCUAAUACAUUAGGAGCAUCUGCAAAGCCAUCUGCUGUCAUACCACCUCCUCCCCCCGCCUCCCACUCUGGCACGAGUAAGAUAGACAAAUAUGCACGCAUUUUAUUUCCUGUUACCUUCGGAGCAUUUAACAUGGUCUACUGGGUGGUGUAUCUAUCCAAGGAUACCAUGGAAAAAUCAGAAAGUCUAAUGUAGUUUUGCUGCUAUGUAGUAGUUCCUAAAUUAUACUCACAUUUGAUGCAGAGUUUCUUCUUUUGAAACUAUUUAAAAAGGUCAGUAAUUCUUAUUUAUAAAAGCUGUGUGGUACUUUCCCAUUCUAAAGGCUGGAGUUAUUGGGGAUAAUUAGUUAACUCUUAACAGAGUAAUGGGUAACAGUAAUGGGUCUUCCUCCCUUCAGCCAGCAAUGAACCAACUACUCUGGCUGCACAGAACUUGCAUCUGGGGGGAACAUGCACCUGAAAAAAAUCAGAGGCAGAGGCGCACAGCUGUGCAGUGGAACACAUCUGUCUGCUAGGAAUGUGCAUGUUGGCUAUUACAAAUGCCUGAGGCACCUAGCACUGCUGUCUGGACACAGCAUUGCAUUCUCUGAGUGUGAGGUCUAUGUCCUGUAUAUUUUGACAGUGCUUGCUAGAAAAAGACUUUCCCUGCCCGAUUAAAAUUGACAGAAUAGGGGGAAGAAAAUCAAGAGCGGCAAAAGGGAAGAGAGUCCAGCCUGGGAGAGUGCAACUCCAGGAAAGUUAUGCAAAGGAGUUGUAGAGCUCCAUAUAUUUUUACUAAGCAUUAUUUUGCAUUGUAACCUGGGAAAUUCUCACACCAAACUAAGAAUGAGCGAACCUUGUAAAAUCUGAAAUCUGAUGUAAUUCUUGAAAUUGGAUUUUCUUGUUUGGUAAGGUGAUCUUAAGAGGGCAAUUCUUCUUUGACCUUGCUGACCAGCUUGAGUGGAUUUAUUCCUAAAUUACAUCAAUUGUAGUACAUGAGGACCAGACCACAAUGUUCAACUUUUUAUUUGAAUUCUUUGCUUUUUCUUUGGAUGCUUUAGGGUUUGGGUUUUUGUUUGGUUUUGUUUUUUUCCCACAUACUUUUCAGUUACACUCCUGAUUUCCUUUAAAUACGUAUUCCAUUCCCCUCCCCAAACACCUCCUUAUUAAUGUUUGUGUCAAGUUAAAUUUUCAACACAGUUUUAAAAGUGACUUGAAAAUUAAGCAAAGAAAGCCCCAUUUCCUGUGCAUAGAUAAGUGUGGCAUGUCACUGAAUGAAUAAAAGACACCCUUUUUGAGAAGGACUGCUGUGAUAUAAAUAAGAAAGUAAACUUUCUAGGUGGAUCCCAGGCUAAAAAUGUUAAUUUUUGAUCCAUUUGUUUACUUUAAACUGUGGCAUAAAUAGGUGCUUUUCUUUCUAAAUUGCAGUAUGCAAGCAGGCAACACUAUUAAAGAAUGGAAUAGUUAAACCUGAUAGAAAUCCUGAUCGUAAAUGUUAUUUUCACUAGAAGAGGUAGAAAACAAAUUGCCAAUAAAUAAAAGAAAUAUUUGUACAGAGCUGUCUGGCUUGGCAAAUGGUUAGUGUUUCUGUGCAGGUGACAAGCGAGAAUCAAAGGCCAAAUUCUCAGCUAUGAUCUGGCUGUGCCUUUAAAGAGUCUGGACUAAUCCUUAGCUUCAGUUUACUGAAUAGCAGAUUGGUAGCCUAUUGUCAAAGUCUUAUGCAGAUCAGGUGAGUGUUGAGUCGUUCUGUGUCCAGAUAAUGGUCAAGGGAUUUAUGGAGACCACAAGCUGCUGGCAAAAAAAGGCCUGCAUAAGACUGCCCUAGACUAUGCUGGGACAAGAGUCAGGGUAAAAAGACCCCAUAAUGGUGAAACUGUCUCUCCAAGCCUUUUAGCCAGCUCAUGGCUGAGAAUCUGACCUUUAACUUGUGGGAUCUGGUAGAUACCUGGCAAGAGAUACUACUGUGUGUAGUAUGGAUCCCAGACAGUUCUUUCAUGUGUAAUAAUGAACUGUAGAUGAUAGAAUGCAAUGGGAAUGUCUUAUGUAACUUUAUUAUAAUGGAGUGAUAUAAUCAGUUCUUUAAGUCUUUCUUUUACUUAUGGGAUGCUCUCAAAAGGCCAGGUAUGGCUCUUUCCUUUUUCAUCUUUUACAUCUGGAAGAUGGCUGAGACUACAGCACUCGUUAGAAAAACAUUAUGUAGCAUAUUGCAGAACUGGAAAUGGAGCACCCGUGCAAGAUGCCUAACUGCAGUAGUUUGUAUCUUUGGAUGUACUGCUAGUUGCUGUAGCUGUUUCCUCUCUAAUUAGGCCACAUUGUUACAAAAUGUUAGAAUAGAAGAUGGUAUGCAAGGGAUUAUUUAUUUGGUUAAACCAGAAUAAACAAAGCUAAACCUCUGGCAAUUAUUGAUUAUAAUUGUGCCAAUGAUAAAAUACUUCUAGUAUGAAGAAUGGUGACCUGCUGUUUGGAGAACCUAGUAUUUGCACCAGAAGUUAAUGAAAUUACUCUUUGCUUUCCUCUGUGAUGAAAACCUAAGAUGUUUUCUCAGAGGCAGAACUUUAAACAAUUCAUUAGAAACAGUUGUCUGUUCUUUCCACCCAUCCCUGUAUACUGAUUUUAUAAUCAGCUUUUUCAAGUGCAUUGUUCAGUGGGAUCAACACUAGUUCAGGCUAUGAUUGAUAAAAUGUGCUGCUUGAAUUCACUUGUAGUUUCUGUUUAAAGGCUUAUAAGGAGGGAAAAGGGCUGCAAAAACAAUAAAUCACAGAUAUUUAUUUCUGUGCUUCUAUUUUGGGCGAAAGUUUUAAUGAUAUCACAGAAAAAGUUACGUAUUUUAAAUAUCUAGUGUAUUUCUGAAAUAUCUUCCAACACUUCCAUGCCUAAAUUCAAAAUGAAGUAGAUUUAAAAAAUCAUUAUGAGUCUAGGACUAAUUUAUUGAGCUGUACUACAUUUUUAUGUUGCAGCAAAUGAAGAAAUUGCCAUUAUUACCUUUCCCAAGUACAUGUGGACAAUGUAAAUAGGAAAUUAUUGUUAAUAGUUGUUCCUCAUUAUUUUUAAUCUCCCUGGGUGAUCAGAAACAGUAAAACAAAAAAGAGCCUGCAAUAUACUCAAUGAUACCGUAACUUGAAAGCACAAAAGGAGGAAUAUACUAAAUAUAGCAGCCCAAAUGUUCAAAACUGCUAACUGAAAUCCUAAGGGAGAGCAUUGCAGGCAUCAUUUUAGUGACCAAACAGCUUAUUAGAGAUGAGUUUCAGUGAGGUGAACUCUACAGGAGUUAUAUUUUUAGGUUUUUGUUCUUUUUUUCUAUUGGCUUUGUUGAACAAUCUUUUUUUUUUUUUUUUUUUUUGACAGUAUCAUAGUGGUUUAAAACUAAACAAACACUUCAGAUAAAUUCACAUCUAUCAACAGGAAAGGAAACUAGAGGGAAAGACAAAAAUCUUUACAAGGAAACAGAGAUAGUUCUCCACUGAUAUUUCCUCAGAGACAUUGUUACCAGCAGAAAAACUCCCACAGAUUGCAGUGAUGCAGCCCUGACCACUAAUGCAGAGAAAAAAAUGCACUUGAGAAAAACAGUUAAAAACUUGGUUCAGGAAGAUUACCUUCACAGGAACUGAAGUGUAGUUUGUAGUCAAUUGUGAGCCCACAAUUAACAGGUUUCACUGCAACUGUGAAAAUAAUGAAGAUGAGAAAGUUGGCAAACUUAGACCCCAGCCCUUCAAGGUGACCUGAACUCUUGGAGCUCACCAGCAGUACUGGAAUCUGAUUUUCCUCCUAUUAAAAUGGAUUUGUCUCCAUCAAAUGGGUGUUGGUAGUGCAUUUCUUCUCCCAUGUGUCGUUGAAGGGGAAAAAGGACUUUAAACUGUUUAGCUAUCCACUCUACAUUACCCUUUGAUCGGGCAAGUAAACUGGACGAUAAUUGAAUGAAAGAGGUAAAUAGUUUAAUAAGGAAUGUGAUUAGAGCUCUUCUGUUAACAGGAGAUGAGAGUUAUUGACCACAGGUGUUCAAGUGUAGCCUUUGGCAUCUCGUCAUCUUCAUUAUUCAGAAUGGACCUUACCAAAAAAUGGGGAAACCAAGUAAAUGUAUUUAAUAGGAUUAACCAGUAUUUGUACAAAGAAUUGAAUGAACUCAGCUUUUUGAUAUGCCCAGAAUUCCAUCUUCUUCCACUUACUGUGCACCUCAUGUAUGUCUUUUGGCCUCAGUGUCCCUCAUUGUCUGUAUGCCGUGUGAGAACGUCGGGGUAUGCAGUAUCUAUUUAACCAAUUUACCCAAAGCCUAACUUCCCAUGUUCCUUGUGCUGUUAGAAGUGUAGGCAAGGCCAGAAUGGGAGGAAUGACACACAGGAUUUGUAAGAGACACACAUUGGCCAUCUGGGACAUUUCCCAUAGAUAUUACAGAUUCCUUAGGAGAUUCUUUUUCAGUGUGCUAUAGCACACUAUACAUAUACACCCCAAAAGCUGCCAAGAGGUCUGUUUGGAUAGCAGAGUAGAUCAUGGACUUGGCACACUUCCUAUAACUUUUGCUUGACUUAAAAGAUUGAGGAGGAAAGAAAUUUUAGUGAGUUGUACCUUGUCUUCCUGAGACUUGCCAAUAGGGCUUGAUCUCACUAAAAUAGAAAGGGUUUGUGUGGCUAGCACUGGUUAUGAAUUGCAAUACAGACAGCUGGCAAAAACUCACCCUUGGUUUUAAUUAAUCCUAGGAUUGAAUAAUAGAUUAGGAAAAAAGCAGCUGUAGUGUUGAAAAGCCUAGCUUUACUAUAACAUCUGCUGAUGAUAUCGAUCAAGCCAAGGAUGAUCAAAGUUGUACAAGUCUUACAGAACUUCACGGCCAUACAGCAGUAGGUUUGCAGCAGGUCAGUGCUAAGUGGGGAGAAAAGAAGGCGCUUCCCUUCAUACUCUGACAGGAGUAAAGCAAUAAAGCAUAAACAGUACAGCUCCUCUAUUUAUAUGUGGCAGAGCAAAACUGCAUAAACAAAAUUUCACACUCAAAGAAAAUCUGAGGGGCAAAUAGCAUUAUGGAGAUCAGUAUUAACUACCAGACACCAACCCCAAAAAAACAGGGGAAAAAAAAUCCAGGAAAAGAAAUUAAAUUAAGUUAAAUGACAGUAGCAUAUUUUUAAAUUAUUUAGAUUUUUUUUUUCCCAAGACUUUGUAUUUCUUUCACUGUGGACUUCCAAGGUGAGUUUACAUUUUUUUAAGAAUUUCUACUGGUAUCCACUGACACCAAUAUGUGUUUUUCAUUUACUUCAGUGCACUUUAAAUGGGAAGUUUACUGGAAGGAAAAAUGUGCCAUUUUGAAAGAGUCUGAUAUGCAUUAAUUUGUACAAUCUUCAUUUUUAGGCCUCCCCUUGGAGUCAAGAUAUCUAUUUUGUAGAAUGUGAGUGUGGGGAGAGUUUCAGUGUGUUCUGAGUAAAUCAGAUUCUGAAAGUCAAUUUUUGCCACAUCCCAGGCAAGUGAGAGUAGUGUGAAGUACAGAGCACCCUGUAAAGAUUUCUUUUGCUAAUGUUAUAUUCUGUGUUAACUGGAGGGAAUGAAAAAUGCAAUUACUAUAAAAUUGAUAGAAUUUGCAAAGCAUAAUUUGUUUUUACAUUACUUAGAAAUGUGUUAGGAAUUUAUUUCAGAAUUGAAUAGCAUUGUCUUCUAGUCCAUAACUUAAUGCAUCUAACAGUAUCUCUUAGACUUUCUUAUGCUUUUUGUAUUAUUCCACUGGAAGGGAUUUCAAAGAAAACCAGUUAAUAUCCAUUGCAGUUCACUAUUUUUUGGUCAUGAUUCUAUUUUAAUUUUCUUGUGCAAGAGGAACUGAGAGCAUGAUGGCUUUUUCAAAAUAAAAAUAACAUUGGCAAAAUAAAA